GGCAGUGCUUGAAGUACCAGGUGCCCCAGUACUAUACCGUACUCAAGUAGCCAACCAGAUAUGCGAAGAUAAAAAAACAAGAAAAAAAAAACAAAGUGCAGGCUCCAAGAUGUUAUCGCAUCACAUGACAAGUAUCUCGGUUCUUCUUUGCGCUGCUGCUGUUACAGGAUCUCCGCAAAACGAAUCAAACGUACCGUCACACAGGAGACCCAAAAUUGGCCUUUUCAACUGGGUUCGGUUCCAAAACGAGCCGUGCAUGUCUGAGAACGGAUUCUCCGGUGUGUGCUUCACCAGCGCCGAAUGCAGUCUUCUUGGAGGCAAAUCGUCCGGCACAUGCGCCCAGGGCUUUGGCGUCUGCUGCCAAGUGACAAAGACGUGCGGAGAAACCAUACGCAGUAACAACACCUACUUCGUGGACCCUUCCUACACCGGUGGCGGCCUUGGAAUGAAAGCUGGAUCUUAUUGUUCCGUUACGGUCGAGAAAGUCAAUCCGAAUGUGUGCCAGCUUCGACUGGACAUGGAGCGGUUUGACAUCGUAGGCCCGAACACAUUUCCAAUUUCUGGAGAAUGUACCUACGACACAUUUUCUGUGACGGGGCAGGAUGCCAGCAGCCCCGUACCAGUCAUCUGCGGCAUCAACCACGGCCAGCACAUGUACGUCAACGUGGGACAACCGGGAGCUUCCGUUCAACUUCGCAUGUCCUUGGCUCCCAAAAGCACUCAACGAGCAUGGAAAAUUAGGGUCACACAAAUCCCCUGCAAUAGCCCAAGACAAGCCCCGUCGGGAUGCCUGCAGUACCACGAGGAACCCACGGGCAUCAUAUCCAGCUUCAACUACGACAUCGGUACAUUCGAAGAACGUGGCUACCCGAACAACCUCCACUACUCCAUAUGCUUCCGGCGGGCAACCGGCACCUGCAGGGUGCGAUUCAGUAACGAGGGACCAUUCGGAGUGGGAGCAGAGCCGGUCGUAGCCGGUAGAGGAGUUGCAGUUAACCAAUGCCAGGCAUUCCAGCUAGGAUCCCAAAUGCAAUCAGACUUUCUGCGUCUCGGCCUCCUUGCAUACUGUGGUAACCGCUUUCCGCCUGCAUAUGAAACAGACGACACAGGGGUCAUGUUGGCUGUCUUCGUAUCCGCCGGCACCCACUCCCCACUGCACAGGGGAUUCCGGCUAAGGUACACUCUGGUAGCAUGCUCAUAAAGUAAUCCAAAGACUAACCGUGGGAAUGCAUGGAAGGCCACCCCAUAUGGUUACUCAUUUAUUCGAGCAGAAGACAGUGUAACAUCCGUCAAUAACAACACUGUAAUAUUUACUGAAUAAACAAUAUAUGGUCAUCCA